CUUUUUUCUUUGGUGCCAUUGAUUCUUUGAUUCAAAACUUAGACAACUGGUUUUUCUCCUGUUGGGAAUUUUAUUUGCAGCCAUCUUUUAUUUUUUGUUUUGUUCAUUUUUAUGUUGUUUGGGUACAGUUUGGGUUGAGAUUGGGCGUUUAAUUACUUGAACAGAUUCGAGUUUUGAUAAUGAAAUCAAUUACAUUGGUAUUCUUUCAACUGAAUAUAGUGAAUGGGAAAAAAGGGAAUCUGCUUUAUCUUGUUAGGCUGGUGAACUGUAACUUAGCUAAUCCAUAGUUUGUGUGUAGUACUUUAUGCUCUGAAAGGUUCACUUUCUUGUCUGUUGACAGCAUUUUUCCUUCUUUUCUUCUUUGCAUUUGAGUAGACUUGAUCCUAGGGUUUUUGAAACAAGAGUUGAGUAAUCUGGGUCUGUGCAGAUUUUAUGCCUGAUGCAUUGGAUUUCUGCCUUUUACUUUGUGUCCAUGGGAUGCUGUAAUGAAGGUUUCUUUUACUUUAACAUCUUCACAGUCCUAUAAAGCUGCCAUUGUUAUUUGUUCCUUGUUGAGUCCUAGAAGAAAUCAUCUUAUCUUUGGUCAAACCUGCUUUUUUUCCCCUUUAGUAUUAUAUUGCUUCUGUUUAAUAUCUAUUCGUAGCCAGCUCUAAACCAGCAAUUGAUUGGUAUUUGGGGUUUCCAUUUUUUUUGCAGAUAACCUGUUUGUAAAAAGUUCAGGGUUUAGUUUCUUGAAUCUGGGACAUGGGUGGGUGUGAUAAUGAUGAUUUAGGGUUUCGACUUGGAGGUGAGAGCACCAUGAAUUGUCCUUCUUCUGGGAUGAACUCAACUCCCAUUUAUACCAAGCCCGCAACUGGUGCAGACCCUUUUUUUCCUUCUGGAUGGGAUCCAAUCAUUUCCCUGAGUCAACAUGAGAGUUUUGGAGGCUCAACAUUGGUUUCUCACAGCGAAUUAUCAAACCCUCCUUACCCUGUUAUGAUGCAAAAUCAAGGAAUUAGAGGCUUUGCUCCUCAGUACCCAUCCGGUUCGGGUUAUACCGAAAUGGUUCCAAAGCUUUCAUGCUACGGGAGCGGAAGUUUCUCUGAGAUUGUUGGAUCAUUCAGCCUUCCUGAUCAGUGUGGCCAACUCUCCAACUCUGUGUGUCCUCCAAAUUAUCUUCCAAGUAAAGAGGGUGGCAAUGAAGGGACCUCAACAAAUGUAGCAACAUCUCAUGAUCAGGAUUACCAAAUGUCUGAAGCAGAUAUGGCGGCUUCAACACUUAAUGGAAAGGGAAGAAAACGGGCUCUCGAGUCGAAUUCUCCUUUGAAUCCCCAUAAGAAUGCAGAGAAUGAGCUCCCAAAUGAUCCUUCGGGUGAGAGCUCAGAUGUCCGUAACGAGCAAGAUGAGAAGAGACCAAAGGCAGAGCCGAGCGCCAGUCCAAACCUGCGUGGUAAGCAAGCUGCUAAGCAAGCUAAAGACAACUCUAAUAGUGGAGAAGCACCUAAAGAAAAUUACAUUCAUGUGAGGGCUAGAAGGGGUCAAGCUACUAAUAGUCACAGUCUUGCAGAAAGGGUGAGAAGAGAAAAGAUUAGUGAGAGAAUGAGAUUGCUUCAGGAACUUGUUCCUGGAUGCAACAAGAUAACUGGAAAAGCAGUGAUGCUUGAUGAGAUUAUCAACUAUGUGCAGUCUCUGCAACAGCAGGUCGAGAUUCUUCAUUCACGAGGUAGCAAUGCAGCACUCCUUGGAUUUGGCAACAUAACCGGUUCCUCUCACCUUUAUCCUCACGGAAUUUUCCAAGGAACUGUACCGAACAUCCCAACAACAAAUACCCAGUUUCCUUCCCUUUCUCAUUCAGCAUUAGACAACGAGCUCCAAAAUUUUUUAUCAAAUGGAAUUUGAAUUGAGCUCCACCAUGGACAGUAUGGGUAUCUAAUGCAGCACACUUGAAAUCGAAGUUCUGAUAUGCCCGGAAGAUAUAGGGAAAGUUUAUUUUCUUCUAACAGCAAG